AUUAUGUCGCCAUUAAUUCUAUCACACAAUUUUCAUUAUUUCAAGGUCGAUACGCAGAAAUGUAAGAUUAUAUUAUUCUGCAAUACGUAGCCCGACAUAUUAAUACAUUAUCACGUUAUUCAUAUAACUUUUUUUAAGUUAAACAUGAUGAAAGAUGCAUUAGUUAAACUUUAAAAUAAGUAAAGUAAAGUAGUGGAAACCAACUAAAUAAAUAGCGUGGUCACAGAUAUGCGAAAAAGAUCAAAUAUGUAAUGUACGUAAUGUGCAUGCAGCUUUCGGUUUCACAUACGGUUCCAAAAAGGAACAACUGCAACUGUAAUUGUUGUGCCGCUUCCUCAAAUAAAAUCUCCGGGGAAAAAAUAACUACUGACGCAAAAUGGGGGAAUACAAAUAUCCCUUGUUCUUCGAGGUGUCCAAUCUAGACGAAAAACUAAGGAAAAACAUCGAAAAAUACUUUCAAAUUCGAAGAAAGUCCGGUGGGGGCGAAUGUGGACCAGUGGAACUUGUAGCCGGUGGCACCUGUAAGAUUGCCUUCAAGCAUCAAGAAGACCAGCAGAGAGUUCUCCAAAAGGGAAAUCAUACACUGGAGACGCCCCGUGGCCCAGUUGUGGUGUCAGUGCGUCGGGAUGCGGACUCACCCUGUUCCACAGACUCUCUAAAAACACCUGCUAAAGCAACCUCAGAACAAACACAUCACUUCCACUCUGUCUCUGGGGCACCCCCUUGUGGCAAAUAUAAGAAAGUGGUGCAGCUGGACCCAUACCUGAUUCGCUACCUGACAGAUAACGUUCAGGCUGGAAAUGACCUACAACAUCAACUCUCUACACUCUUCUGCUCUUUCCAGCUUCAGCCUGAGGCAGAGAAUAUGGUCGUGAAAGGUACACCCAGGGUAGAGGAGACAAGCCAAAUAGAUACCAUGAUAAAUCAUGUGUUCGAGCAAGUGAAAACAAAAUAUUGUUGCCAUUAUGAAGCUGACCCUUUGAUACUGCAAGCUCUACAGAAUAGUCCCUUCAUAGCCACAAAGGAGCUCCAGGUGUACAGUGAGGCAGGGGAGGGAUUUUCAGUUAUAGUGGGGUCAGAAAAAGAGGUGAAGGAGAGCCUGUCGAUGUUGGAAAAGCGACACAGAAACUCAGUGACACAGGAGAGAGUCAACACGACCUGCUCUCUUGGGAAGCCCCGACUGCUCCUGCUAGGCAAGAAGCUGGAGAAGGAGCUAAAAGAGCAUCUCCCUGGGGUUAAGGUAUCUCAGACUGAUGUGGGGCAACUAGUGAUUGAAGGUCCAGCAGCCGAUGUCCUGUCAGCCCGCAAGAAGGUAGCGGCCAUGGCAGAAAAAAUACAGGAGCAGCGGGUGGCCGGGCUGUCCCCUUGGCUGCAUUCAUUUCUGGGAACACAGGGACCAGAAACGCUGGAUGCCAUCUUGAAAGGUAUCCCAGCAAAAACUGAAAUCACUGACAGAGGUCUGUCUCUGUUGUCUCUAACCCAGAAGGAUCUGGAGGAUGCGCAAAAGGCCCUGCUCAGUCAAUUCAGUGAGGAAGAGGUACCUGUUCCCGAUUCACUCACUCAGUUGCCAAAAUUGAAGGAGGUAUUGCAGGACAAGGAGCUCCAGCUAAACGCGGGAAAGGCUAGGGUACAGGUACGCUACAAUAAGCAUAGUGUCCAGCUGUUGGGUUACCGCGAUUCGGUAACCAAGUUGAAUGAUGUGGUCCAGAGUUUCUUGAAGGACCAUGCUAUUCAUCAGUUCAGGGUGGCCCUUCCUUACCCCGAAUUGUCUGACCAAAUUAGUAAGCUGUUUGCCCUGCUUGACAUUGACGACUCGGGUAUUCAAGUUUCAAUUUCUGAAACUCGCUCACCACCUGAGAUGAUUCUUAUGGGACCCCGGCAUUUGGUAACUGCAGCUAGUGAUAGGAUAAGCAAAGCUCUGAGCUCCCUAGUCCAGAAGAUUGUUACUAUUGAUUCCCCAGGUGCUCAUCGCUACUUCAAGGGCCCAGGACAGGAAUACCUCCAAGUCGUUAGUCGCACUCAUCGCUGCUUGGUCCAGAUGAAAGACUUUGGUGUUCCUGAGUACCAGCUGGAGGGGGGGCUCUGUGUGUAUGUGCGACAGGGUAAUAUUACCCAAGAGAAUGCAGAUGCAAUAGUCAAUGCAGCCAAUGAGAACCUAGAACACUGUGGGGGCGUGGCAGCAGCCCUGAGCAGGGUGGGAGGGCCGGAGGUACAGCAGGCUAGCAGUAAACUGGUACAAAGAAUUGGCAAGGUGGCCACCGGAACAGCAGUGGAAACCACACCUGGAAAGCUGCCCUGCAAGGUGCUGAUACAUGCAGUAGGGCCAACGUGGAGCAAUGCCAAGGACAGGGAAGUGACGGCCCUGCUGGAAAAGGCGGUAAAAGAGGCACUUGAACUAGCAGAGCAACGAAGCUGCCGCUCAUUGGCUAUGCCUUGUAUCAGUUCUGGCAUUUUUGGUGUGCCCAUUAACCUCUGUGCCAAGGCCAUUGUGAUGGCAGUGAGAGCAUUUGGCAGGAACCCACACACACUGCACACAGUCAUGCUAGUGGACAGCAAUGAAAAUGCAGUAAGGGCCAUGCAAUCUGCCUGCGAUACACUGCUUGGGGGGAUGGAUCCACCUGCCGGUGGCGCAGUGGAAACCACAGACUAUGAGGAUCUCGCAAGCUUAACAACUGCAGCGACUGGGGGCGCAGCAGUGUCUGAAUCCUUAAUCCAGGUCAAAAUUACAGUAGGCAACAUUGAGGACCAACAGGUAGAUGCCCUUGUCUCACCCAUGCUGGGUGAUGCGCCGCGGUCCUCAAAGGUGGGGAAAUGCCUAUUAAUUAAGGGGGGGAGACAAUUUUCAACUAGUUUGGAGCAGACAACCCAGACCUGGAUUACAGUGCCUGGGGGACUGCAUGUGGUGGAUGGCGAAGGGGGGCUAGUUGGAUGCAGUAUCAUUUUUCUUCACUGUGCGCGCUGGGAUGGGGAUCCGCAAGGAGCAGCGGUACAGACCCUUCGUAAGGGUUUGAGGAACAUUUUGUGCAUUUGUGAUACCUGGUUAUUGACUUCAGUGGCAUUUCCUAUGUUGGGGACUGGCAUCAGCCUGGCAUUUCCCCAUCGAAUUGCUGCCCAAGUUCUGCUGGAGGAGAUCCAGCGGCAUGAGCAGAACCGAACAUCAGCAUCCACUUUGCAAGUCCAUAUAGUCAUUCAUCCCAGUGACAAACAUUCCGCAGCAGCUUUACAGGCGUGCUAUGAUGUUCUGAACCUAAGGGGGUUUCAGUUGGCUAUGUUCCCAGACCAGACAUCUUUCUAUAGCUGGGUCUCUGUCACCCAGGAUGAGAUCACAUUCAUGAUGGGCAGUGUCAAGCUGCAGCUCGUCUUUGGCGACAUCAUUAAUGAAACUACAGAUGUUAUUGUUAAUUCUGCAAAUUCCACUGACAAGCAAACUGGUGUCUCAAACACACUUCUAAUGGCAGCAGGGCAAAAGGUUCUGGAUGAAUUUAACCAAGUGCGGACUCAGUCCGACGAGUUCUGCAGCACAACGUCAGGAUCAUUGGCCUGUAAAGCCAUCAUACACAUCUAUGCUCAGUCGGAUUUGCACCGUGUCCAGAAGCUUUGCGGAAAGGUUCUGAAGUUUUGUCAACAGAAGGGUUACAAAUCAGUGGCCUUUCCUGCUGUGGGUGCAGGUGCAGCUGGGCUGGAUGCCAAGAAGGUCGCUGCAUCAAUGUUGGACGGUAUGGCCACAGUUGUGAGGGACUCGUCCCCUGAUGACGUCUCCCACAUCCGCAUCAUCCUCCUUCUAAGGCCGGUGUUUGAGACCUUCAGGUGUGAGCUGGAGAGUCGCAUAGGACAGAUGGCUCCACCUCCUACCUUGAAAGAGAGAGGCAAGCAGAUAGUGAAAAAAAUUUACCAGACAUUCAAGAAGUCAAAACAAGAAUCUCAUGGACUGCGACUGUCUUCCUUGCAUCCCCCGCCAGCCACAUUUUGUGUGACAGGUCCUGGGCUGGAGGCCAUCAGAAAGGUUCAGGAAGACCUUAAGAAUGUCCUACAAAAGCAGCUGUGUGAAAAGGAGUUGAAGCCUGAUGAGCUGGAACAACUCACACAGGCAGAGCUAGACUCAGUUAUAGACAAGGCACAGGGUCUGGAGCUUAGCAUCAAGGAAGCACGACCAAAGCAGGCAGAUGAUACAAGAAGGAGCUUUGUAGUCCAGGGCCUGAAAGAGGAGGUGUGGCAGUUUCUGGGGGAGGUACAGCAGAUUAUAGGCAUCGCCAUCCGCAGGACGCUGCAAGAAAGGGAGGAGGAACUGGUGGCAGUAAGUGUGAAGUGGUCAAUCGGCAGCCCUGGGGGGGAUUGGCAAGAUCUAGAGAAGAAAGCUAAUUACAUUAUUGAGAAAGAAUAUUUCAACUCUGGAACCACCUGUGAUGUAGAUGGCCCAGGAGAGGCAAAGCUCAGGGUGGACUUACAAAAAAAACAGGCCAUUCACCAUAUCACAGGAAGGACCUAUCAGCUGAAGAGGGUAGAGUUCAGUACAGAUGUUAGCCCUCCUAAAUCCUGGGAUGUUAUGGCCCAGGGGGAGUCACUGAAAAAGGUGCUUCUUCAGCCAGGCACAGAUGAAUACCAGAAAGUGGCCAACGGAUUCCAGGGGACCGCUGCCCAGCAAAUUAUACAAAUUGAGCGUGUGCAGAACAUUCACCUUUGGCAAGCAUACAGUGUGAAACUGGAACAGUUUCGGGAGAAGAAUGGGGAAGGCGAGAUUGGAGAGAAACUACUGUACCAUGGGACAUCAGCUGGUGCACGUGUCUCCAUUGAAAAGGGGGGGUUUAACAGGAGCUUCGCAGGGCAGCAUGGAACAGCCUAUGGAAUAGGUGCGUACUUUGCAGUGGAGGCCAGCUACUCAGCCAAUCCAUUGUUCUCGCCUCCAGACAAUGGAGGUCUGAGAUACAUGUAUGUGGCGAAUGUUUUGACUGGACACUACACAGUGGGAAAAUCGAGCAUGAAGAUUCCCCCCUCGCGCCCUGGAUCUGACCCGAAUGACCUAUUUGACAGCUUGGUGGACAACAACCAGAACCCCAAGAUGUUUGUAAUUUUCCACGAUGAUCAGGCUUAUCCCAGCUAUCUCAUCACUUUCACAUAACCUCUGGCAAUUCCAGCAUAAUGGAUAUAACUGAUAUCAGCAAAACAAAUGCCUUAGAGCAUGGGCAAGAUUAGUAUCAAUGAGUCAAUAUGCAUAUUUUUCGUGUAACUUCUUGGGUUGUAUAUAGACAAAUUGUCAAAAUUUAUAUAUUAAUUUACAUGUUAGAAAUACAUAGCAUCUUAACAGUACUAUGGAUGUGAUAUCAAAUGGACCUUAGAAUGGAAUGGAAUUCCCCCUGUACUAUCCUAAUCCUCAUAUCAUAGUAUAAUCAUACUUCCUGUGACUCCUGCAGUUCACAAAAUUAGAACUUUUACUAUGAAAACACAUUGGUUUUUAUGAUCAUGCAUUUAAAAUAAGACAUAUACUGUACGUUUAAAGGGGCAGUUAACCCCAAAAAUGAAAAUUGAUAUAUUUUAGAGGGGCUUUGGUACUAUCUAUCCAUCUAGGUUGUUCUAUUAGGAGUUGCCUAGUUUUGGAGAGAUCGGCCAUAGAAAUGUUGGUCUUCUAUCGAAUAUAAUGGCAGUAAUGGCAUUCUUUCUGUGGUGGUUAAAGCGCCAGAAAAAUUCAACAGCAAUGUGUCUUACCAGAAAUCAUGACCCAGUUACUCAAGAUAAUCCACGGGAUUUGCAGUGAGCAGUUUAAUCUACAGUAGGAACUAUUUUUUUUCUACCGAACUCCACACACCAAUCAUAUCACUGUGCAGCAAAUAUCACAUGUUAGUUCGUCAUAAAAUGCUUCUAAUUUUAAAAGUGAGAAACCCAUUAUUUCAGCAAGCUUGCAUUAUUGUAUUACAUGUUUAGCAUAAUAACCAUUCUAAAGCAGCAAUUAAUUAUUAUAAUCAUUGUAAUUAAAUCAACAGUGUCAUUAUGAAUUUCUUUGGUAAUUACUGAUUGAAAUUACAAUUGUAGGUAUGUGAAGAGCGCGACCAACAUGGCCGCCUUUUUUGUUCCAGAUUCCUGUUCCACCAUCGGGUCAUCUGAGCACUGGGUAUACCCCGGAAAAUACGCAUUCUUAUUGUAUCGCAUUGCGGAAUUCCGCGGUAUUCCCACUGAUAACAUAGAUGGGGAACCCCUCUUCCUCCUCUGUUUUGAAUUUUUCAAUUCUGUGUACAUUUAGACCUUUUCCGGAAACGUUGAAAAAUACACUUGAUUUCAACAUACAAAAACCACUUCAAAGGAUUAAGUGACGCUUUUGAAAGCUAAAUUGACAUAUUGUUUAUCAUUUCAUCUUUCUAAUCCUGCAGUUUCAUAGCUUUCUAUGGAUCAGAAAAAAAGUUUACUGACCCGGACCGGCAGCAUACAGGAUCGUCACGGGCCAAAAAUCCUGAAAUCUGCUGUAUGUUCAUCAGUGAUUUGUUGCAUCAAUAUGCCAUGAUAUUAGGGAAAUAUCUUAAGAUGUGAAAAAGAUGAUUAUAUCCACUGAGUCGCAUUUAAUUAAGCAGAAGAUAAGAGAUAUUCACAUGGUCACGUGACCUAAACCAACAGCGGCGCCUGUUGAUACACCAUUCCAGUCUUCACCUUGUAUCAAUUUUAUUUCAGACUAAGGACAUACUUGGAAUAUAUAUUAUUCUUUCAGAUUGAAGAAUAUAAAGAGAUACACCUUCCCUGAAAGUUUCAUUGAGAUAUCUUGAUUAUUAAUGAAACUACAAGCGUUUUUAUAUAAAAAGUUAGGUACUUGGUCACAGUUUUCUACACUCAUUCCAUUUUAAAAAAUAGGGCUAAUUAGCGAACUUCUUUUGCCAAUAAUUUCCUUAUUUGUUAAGAUAUCUGAGUGAUUUUGGUGUCAUUGUCUUUGUUUAUUCAAGCUCUUUCCAAUGGUGCCAGUUUGAUGUUAAUUUUUCUUCACAUACCUAACAAUUGUAUUUGCAUUAUCAUUGAUUUUUCUACCACAGGAGUCAUAGGAGUGCCAUAAAAAUAGAAUAAAUCUGCAAAACAAUAAGGAAAUAAACGUUGAAUAUGAAAGUGAAAUAGAUACAAAUAAAAAUAAAAUAAUAAGGGAAAGAUAAAUUAAAUAUUGCAUAUUUCUCUCAAUUUUACUGGAUUGUUUUUUCAUUUACCAUAUUGCUUAUAAUAUUGCCGUAUUGGUUUUCGUUUAGCCAUAUUGCUUUUAAUUUUACCGUUUUGCUUUUGCCGUAUUGCUUUUAAUUUUACCGGACUGCUUUUACUUUUACCAUAUUGCUUUUAAUAGGUUUUAAUUGCUUUUAAAAAUUGAGCAGAUGUAUUUUUUUGUACCUCAAGAACAUUUGAAAUACAUCAAUUAAUUCAUUUUUUUGUGUCUCCAUAUGUCUGAGUCUAAUCUGAAACUUGCUAGGGCUUAUUAGUGGGAUCACAUUACACUGUUUUUUAUUCUGUGGAAAACAAAAGAUCCAUCUUUUGUUGAAUCUAUUUUAUCCUUUUCCUUGGUGUCAUGGUUUGGACAUUUAUCUGUAAAGAACAGAAACUCACUCAACCAGAUUGUGAAAUGGCCUAACAGGCUGAUUGGUGAGUCACAGCUGAGUCCAGCAUCCCUGUAAUCCAGACAGUUACAGCGGUUAGCUGGUUCAAUUCUUCUUGAUAUUUCACACCCUCUGCGCAGUGAGUUUCCGUUUCUUCCCUCUGGAUGACGGUUAAUGGUCCCAAAAUGUAGAACAAAAAGAUUUAAAGACAGCUUUGUUCCAGCAGCCAUCACUCUGAUAAAUAGAUCAUAGCGUUUUUUAAUCUGUUUUGUUGUUAGUUGUUCCUGUGUUGAAGUGUGUACUGUAUGUAGGAUGUAUGACUCAUGACUGUGCCCCAAAUUUACCUACGGGUACAAAUAAAGUAACCUGAACCUGAACCUGCUGGCCAAAUCUAAAAAGAAUCAUGAACAUACUGCAUGUGAUGGGCCCUAUAAGUAAAGCAUAAAUAAAAGCCUGUGUCCUG